AUGGAAAACACUUCCUACUCUGGCCCCUUGAGCUCGCCGCCACCAAAGGCAUUCAAAGUGCCCGAGUCACUCGUUACCUGGGAUGCUCGCGCACCUCUCCUCAUGGGUGCGCAAACGGUCGUGGCGGCUACCUUGAUCUGUUCGACACCAAAAUCUUCCCUUCUCCGACCUGCCUGCCUCCCAAUCCUCAUCGGUCUCAUGUAUCUUGCUUGGCAAGUCGCCCCAGCAUUUACAGGCCAAGGUGUUCUCUAUUCGUUUUGGUGGGUAGGGCCGUAUGCCAACAUCUUUCAUUGCAUGAACAACCUUUACCUGCACCCUCUGGAUGAUAACGACAUCCGCCAUGAAAUGAAGAUCAGCAACGUCCCUCCGUUCCCAGGGGGCGUCGUACCGCCUAGAGCGAGAUUUCUGCUGCAUCAAUGCAUUCUCAUCGCGCUUCAAUACCUCAUUAUGGAUCUGUUGGCAAGCUCGCCACCACCGCCUGAUGUGGUGGACGGUUGGGCACGGGGCAAGGAGUGGCUAUGGAUUAGCGCUCUAAACCCGCACCCAGUGACAUUCGAUGACCUGAAAAAUCGAUUCAUUGAAUGUACCAUGAAUUGGUACAUCGUCGGACGUGUCAUGAAUGACAUAUGGUACCGCAUUUUUGCCGUGAUUUUCGUUGGCCUGGGUCUCUCAGAGCCUAAGCAGUGGCCACCACUUUAUGGAGACUACAAGGACACUUACACACUGCGUGGGUAUUUCGGCAAGUUCUGGCAUCAAACGCUCCGCUGGCCCUUCCAAGGUGUAUCCUCAUACGUGACUCGGCAAAUUUUGGGGCUACGUCGAGGUGCUGUGGAACGCUAUGCCAACAUCUUCAUCGUCUUCUUUCUUUCCGGGACUCUUCACUCCAUUCUCGAUGUUGCAUUCGGCGGGCAUUGGCGGCCGGUCGGCGGCCUUCUCUGCUUCCCAGUGCUCCCACUCGGCAUCAUGUUCGAGGACGCAGUUCAGUGGCUGUGGUAUGGUCUGAUUGUGGAGAACGCCGAAGCGAAGCGAGCGAGCUGGUUCGGAAGGAUCAUUGGCCAUGUGUGGGUCGUUUUGUUUUUGGCGAUCGUUACACCCAUCUUCAAUUAUCCACUGCAGCGAAUCGACGGCAACCCGACCUACUUGGUGCCGUGGAGUAUAAUACACACGCUUGUUUGA